UUGAAACAACUUUAAUUUAUUUACGUACUAAGAUUGGAAAAAUUAAAAGUAGCUAGAGCUAGGGGAUGGGAUUAGGUGCUAACCCUUAUAGGGGUUAGCACCGUGAUAACUAGUAAAAAACGCUACUAAAAAUAACGAAAUCACUAUGGAUUAUUAUAAAAUCAAUACAACAUCUAAGCUAAAUCACUACUAAUUCAAACUAGUAGUAGUUUUUCCCUUGAUUAGGACGGUGCUAACUAUUAUACAAUUAGCACCGUAGCCGUUCCCUAGAGUUAGUAUAAAAUGGGUGGGUGUCCUUAAUUAUGAUCACAUGGUCAUGUUGUGGUAUUAAGACAUAUACACAUAAAAAAGGCCCACUCUUGCUAGCUGAAUAACCAACAUAGCUCUUUAAACCCACUUGAUCAUCUACCCCAGCUUGGGGACAAUCACACAAGUACCCUACUCCUUUUUUCUAUUCAGAACCAUCCCCACUCCUUGAUUUUUUCUAUAACGAUCUUUGCUUGCCCCUCAACUUAAGGUCUAGAGAGAAACUUUGUGUAAUGUAAAAAUGGUAUUCCUUGGAGCUUUUUUCAUUUCCUAAAUAUGUGCUGGAUAUUGUGCAUGCAUAUCCUAUUCAUUAGGCCUACAUAUCCUAUCAUUAGUGUUUGUUUUCGUACGUACCUUCUCCAAUGAAAAUUAUGGUUGGUUUGAAGUCGGCAUAUACAAUAUAUUAUGUUGUAUUAAUGGUAAGACGAAAAAGUCCGAGCUUAUAAUUAAUGAGUAUGUAGGGGCUAAAUACAAGAGACGACAAUGAUAACUUUUCAGAAUUGAACUGACCUGAAUCUUAAAGGAUGAUACCUGAUAUUCUUUAUCACGCCAAUUUUUUUGUGUUUUCUUGACACAUGGAUACACAACUUUAAUCUCAAACCAAAAUACUAAGGAGGGGGUAAUUAGCCUACACAUAAUUUUGCCAUUGUAUUAGGACAAAUUUACCUAGAUUAGAUUGCAAGAUAUUUGGACGUAAUAUAUAAUAAAAAAACUGAAGUAUCGACCCUAAGAAUAGAUAUAUGAUGCUAUUGACUCACAAAUAUUCAACUUAGCCCACAACAUAGUCAAGAAAAUCCCAUGUAAUCUAUCUAUCUCGACCAUAUACAUAAGAGCAUAAUAUGUAGAACGAGCACAUAGCAAGCAAGUCCACUUGUUUCUCCGAUGCACCUGUCUUCUUCGCCUCCAACAUCACUGUCUAUUUUAUAGUACCCUCUCUCUCUCUCUCUCUCUCUCUCUCUCUCUCUCUCUCUCUCUCUCUCUCUCUCUCACCUUACAUCUAUUCUUGCCUCUUUCUCUUUCAAUAUUGUGUUUUGUGGUCCUUUCCCCAUUCUCUUUAUAACACACAACACUCUCUUAUCACUUUCUUCCCCAUUACUUCCACUCCAUCAUCUCUUCUCUCCCUCUCUCACCCUCCUUCCUCUCUUCAUCUCAAAACAAACUCUAACAUAUAAUCCCUCAUUGAAAGCUUCCCCUCUUCCCCAUCCCCAUAUCUCUUUUCUCUCUACUUCUCCUUUUCAACUUACUUGUUAGCCAGCCACAUCUUCCCGAUAUUGCAAGCUUGGAAAUUAAGGUUGUUGUUGUAUGUGUAGCGAAAUAAACGUACAAAUAAUCUUUCAUAUACUUAAUUAACAGAGGCAGCAGCAGUAAGGUGUUAGGGAACAAGGAAGAACAAUGUCGAGCCGGAGAACGUCGAGGCAGCAGUCUUCAGGUGUGCCGAGGAUCACCGACGAUCAGAUCAUCCAACUUGUCUCCAAGUUACGCCAACUCUUGCCGGAGCUUCGCCACAGCCGCCGCUCCGACAAGGUGUCGGCGUCGAAGGUGCUGCAGGAGACAUGCAACUACAUUAGGAGCCUGCACAGGGAAGUGGAGGACUUGAGCGACCGGCUGUCGGAGCUUCUCUCCACCAUCGACGCCGACAGCCCCGAGGCCGCCAUUAUCAGGAGCUUGCUCAUGUGACAGUGAUGUCGUCUCCACUCCAGCUAGCCACGGCUGCCGCUCCAUAUAAUAAUAUUUCUUAUAUAUUUAUCCAACUAUCAAUUGACACAAUAUAUACAUAUGUAUCUAUCUAUAUAUGUUUUAAGUUUAUUUACUUAUGUAUGUUUGUGUGUGAGAUCGAUGUAUGUGUGUAUGGCCGUGCUAGCUAGCCAUCUUCCUUCAUGUAUGGAGUUUAUGGUCUCUAGCCGGCUCUAUGCAUGCCUUAAUUAAUUACCGAUCCCACCAUCAUCACCAUCUAUAUAUCCCUAAUUAAUUAAGUUACUUGUGUUAGUUUACUGGUCUGUGUUAUAAACGCGCUGCUACGGAUCGGAAAAUCGCCGAAAUCGAUAAAGCAAGAAUACGAAAGCGAAUCGAAAAACACAGACACACGAUUUACGUGGUUCACUAACACGAUGUGUGUUAGCUACGUCCACGGGCGAGAGAGAUCCAGUUUCACUAUAUCGAGGAGAUUACAGAUUACAGAGGAGUAUGAGAAAUAUUUAUAGUACUUCUCCAUGUGGGUCUAAACCUAAUCCAAUCUGGCAAAGGAAACGGUUACAGACCAGGCCCAGAACCCGAACCCAAAUAACAUUGAGCCCAUACA